CUAUACUUCUCAUAGAUCACAAUUAAUUUUCAUCAUGUCUUCCACCCCGAAAACCCUCCAAGGCAAAGUCGCCAUCGUGACAGGCUCCAGCAGGGGUAUCGGCAAGGGUAUCGCUCUGGAAUUAGCCCGCCGCGGUGCGAACGUCACCGUCAACUACGUCUCAUCAGCAGCUGCUGCCGAAAGCACUGUUAAAGAGUUAGAAGCACUCGGCACAAAAGCCAUCGCCGUCAAAGCCGACGUGUGCAAGCAAGUGGACCUUGACGCCCUCUUCGACAAGACGAUCGAAACGUUUAGGCGCAUCGACAUCGUCGCGAGCAACAGCGGCAUAGAGUCCUUCGAGCGCGCAGUAGACGUGACGCCAGAGAGAUUCGACCACGUUUUCCACGUCAAUGCUCGGGCCCAGUUCUUCGUCGCCGUUACUGCAUAUAAGUACAUGACGCGAUCAGCGUCACAGACUGGCGGGCGCAUUAUACUCACUUCUAGUAUCGCAGCUCGAAUCAUGGGUGUCAAGGACCACGCUCUGUAUGCCGGUUCAAAGAGCGCCGUUGAAGGCAUCACGCGCUCCCUCGCUACUGAUUUCGGGCCUCAGGGGAUCACUGUCAAUGCGAUUGCCCCGGGUGGUGUCAAGACAGACAUGUUCGCCGAAGCCGCCAUCAAUUAUAUCCCUGGUGCCGAUAGGAAGACAUGGACUGCUGACAGGAUCGAAGCUGCUUUGGCUUCUUCAUGCCCACUUGGCCGCGUGUGCCUGCCUGAGGAUAUAGGCAAGAUUGUGGCUUGGUUAGGAAGCGAUGAUGCGGGUUGGAUAACGGGACAGACGAUCUUAUGUUCUGGUGGCUCUUCUCAAUAA